CCCCCGCCUAUGCCACAAGUAGCAACCGGGAAUGGCUACGUUACAAUCGAUCAGGGCGGACUAUACAUCGGACUCUGCGUAUCGGAAAUAUGCGAAGGAGGUUGAUCGCGUUCUUGGGACUUGGGAUACCGAUAUCCAGGAGUGGGCGGAUCAUAUCGCUUUUCUCGGGAGGUUACUGAAGGCACUGCAAUUACAUCCAUCAAUACCCCGUAUACCGUCACCACUUUUGACUUCGAGUCGUCUAGCGCAAUGCCUCUCCCCCCACCUCCCCUCCGGCGUCCACCUCCGCGCCCUCGAAGUCUACUCCUACAUCUUCUCCAAAAUCGGCCGCGACGGCCUCGCUACCUCCUUCACCCUCUACUGGCCAGGCCUCGCCCCAGUCCCCUCCUACGCCUCCUCCGCCGUUAAAGACUCUUUGCUGAGUUUGAUCGCGAUCUUCAUCCCCCCACUCGGGCCAGCGUUGAUGGAUAGUUUGCCGUCGGUGUUGUUGGGGUUGUUUUUGGUUAGCCCGGAUGAUUUGGGUGAUGUGCUGCCGAUUUUGGAGGCGGUUAGAGAGGGAUGUGGGAGCGAGUUGUGUUGGUGGUCUACGAUUUGGUCGCUUGCAAGGGAAGGCCGGUGUGGGCUUAAUCUCGUCACAUACCUCUCCAACAACCUUCCCUCACUCGCCUCCACAGAGUCUCUCCAUUAUGCAAAUAUUUUUGGGCCCGACAAGUCGGUUCCGAUACGCGGGUUGUGUGGUGGGCUCCAGGAUGAAAGCUCCCUUGUGCAGCGCGGGUUUCUGGAUCUGUUGAUCCACAAGGUUCCAUUGAGUUGCGAGCUGUUGCAAGACGACAGACCUGAUCUAGCGUUACUCACGGCUAAAGUCGCGGCCGUUCUGUUACGUCGCGACUCCUCCCUUAACCGGAGAGUAUGGACCUGGUUCAUCGGUCCCCGAACAUCCCACGAUCCCGACACCGAGCCACAAACACCCUCCACCUCAACCGCCGUCGAAGCAGGCGAACUGUACUUCCGAACCUAUGGCCUUGACACCUUCCUCACCGGCUUCCGCUUCGACAUCCUCCCCAGCUCCACCCCCACAACACCCCUAUCCUCUGACACAAUCAUCCGCGCAACCCGAAUCUUGAUCGGAAUGAUGGACCACCCCGAAAUACGCUGCUCCAUCCCACCUCUCUUCACCCAUGUCAUGCGCGCCGUUUACCUGUAUAAGGGUGAGCACGAGAAGGAAGUAUUGGAUACCGCACGGAUGUUCUUUGAUCAAGUUGAGGCUAGGGUUGUGUGGGCGCAACUUUUAGAAUGGUUGGCAUGGAAGGAGGGAGAGGAGCAUCAGGAGCAGGUGGAGUUGGCAAGGUGGGUGUUAGGGUCGUUUGAUGUUACGGGAGAGGAGAUGAGGGACCAUCUUGUAAGAGUGGCAUACAUUAUUCUUCGGUCGCUCGUGUGCAGCCCUGGGGAUGAUGCUGGGAUGUGGGCAGUCGGUGAGGAUUUGGCGAGGUUGUUGCAGGCGGAAGCGUUGGCCACUGGCGAUCCUGAACAGGGAGCAGUUGACUUGAGUACGGAUGAGGUUGUGAAUUGGUAUAUGGAUGCGGAAGACCCGAAUAGCUCGUCACCGCCGUACUCCGGUAGGGCGUUCUCGUUCGGGUUACUGUCGAUAGGUAAGGCAGCGCUGAUGAGAAAGAGUGAUUCGAAUCUGGUGGCAACCCGACGAGCCAUAUUCCUUUCGAUUCUGCAGAACAUACCCAGCGACAUCGCUUCGACCGAGCUGAAGAAAGCUUUCCUCGCCUUACUAUGGCUCGACAAUGAGGGAUCAUUCGAGGUUCUACGAACUCAAGUCGAAUGCGCCUCGGCAAUCUGUGAUAAAGCCCCAUCAGCAAUCUCCAACAUGACGGACUACGACUUCAUCAAACCCAUCAUAUUCAGCAUCUGGCACCACCUCCGUCAUUCCUCCGUCCACAACCACCAAGACGCCGUCGAGCUCCUAUGGCGUGUCCAAGCCGCCGGUUUCAAGGACAUCGAACUCAUCAUUGCUGAGUUCAUCGCCAGCGCAGAUACCUACACCGCGAAAGUUGACGUUUGUGCUCGGCUGAACGUGGUGUGGGUGCAUAGCGCACACCGCACAGACAUUACCCAAGUCUUGCACCGACCUAUCGAGCUCGUGCUUGAUUUCUGCCGGUCGGAGGAGUUGGCUGUGAGGGGUAUAGCGAGAGAUUGGUUAGCAAAGCUCGGGGUGCUGGCACGAGGUAUUCUUGAAUUGCUAAUCGACGAGGUCGCUGCAUCCCCGGUAUUGCGGAAAGCGGUGCCGGAACGGUUUAAGCAGGUCACGAUUGAUGUGUCGAGGUGUAGUGAGGAGGACGAUGUGCCCUUAUUGACCUAUGCGGUCGAGUCGUUGUUACUUGUUUGUCAAGCCAUUGAUCAGGCUGUUCUGGAAAAUACCGUGACCAAGGAGUUCGUGAUCGACGGCGUCGAAACUGGUGCACAGACGUACAUUACGGCACUGCAGAAUGUGUGCAUUCGACUGCUUCGAUUACUUCCUGAAACUGGGGCGGGAGCGAGAUCCUCAGCGGAGGUCGUCCAAGUACAUUGCGCUGCACUAGAACUCGUCGAACAUCUCCUACCACGACAGCAUACCUCACCACUGAUCGAUAUAUUGUCAAAGAUCCUCUAUGUCAACAUCCACUUACAGAAUCUCCCAAUACAGGCAGCACUCAUAAACACCUUGGGGAUCUGUUUGAAAUCAAAUAACCCUUCAGCAUCCCGCAGACGCCUCUCCAGCUCUUCCUUGCGGUCCUUCGAUUUCGCCAGAGCUUCUGUUAUACCGGCACAGUCGGUCUCGGCGUCUUCUCUCGGCGAUGAAUCUCAGGCGAUCCUGAUUCAAUCUCUGGUUGAUGCACUGUCCAUGCCAGCGCUCCGGUCCAGCCUGGAUCAAUGGAUAACUUUCCUGGAAAUCUUUGUAAGCGCGACGGGAAAGAGCUUCAUUCAUGCCAUGUUGCCCUUGGUCGAUCGCAUCUGUCAACAAACCGAAUUAGCCAUGAUUCAGAUGGGAGAUUCCGUAAACAACGGCGCUUCACCUUUCACCUUGGCGGAUAUCAGAGCGUUCCUUCGUGGGCUGAAUCUUCUUAUCUCAGAGGGAUAUCGUUUCCUUCAAUCUGAGUUGGCAACAAAGAAUGUCGGAUCGAAGCUUGCCACGGAUGGAGGCUUCUUGAGUAACGUAGUGUCUGGUGUGUUCUCAGUUGAAGCACCGGUUCAGAUCAAUGAGUCGACCGUUGAGCCUUUGACGUCUAUGUGUUUGCAGCACACUGUACGUACGGCUGCGAGUAUGUGGAAGUGGGCAAUCCAAUCCAACACCCCGCUCGUAGCACAGAACCUGACUGCCGAUUCUGAGAAUCUUCUGCUAAACUGCUACAGCAUGAAUGCGAACGAGACUAUGGAAGCUCUGUUUAAUAUAUGGGCUGGGAAGCCGACGCCUGAAUUUUUGCGUUUAACUCAGCUGCUGGAGGCACCACGUCCGAAGGUGUUGUUGAACAUCUUGAUUGAGACUAUACAUCUUCAAGCUAGUUCGGGGACAACAGGUUCGGCCUCAAAGUCUCCUAUGACUGCAUCGACAUUCAUCAAUUUUCUCAUAACUUUCAUCAAAGCAGAACAUGCCAAUAAAACCGCAGCCACCUGGCCUGAGCUGGCAAAGUUCUUGCGGGAUAUCUUGACUCACACUUCGAGCUACCGCACUUGCAGCCCAGACCUGCUUCGUCUGGGACUUGCGAUCAAUGAUAAUCUCAUGCGUACCUCUCUAUACGAACAGAAAAAAUACCGCAAAGAAAUGCAGGAGUUUGUACAAAAGCAGAUCAGCGCUGCAUUGUCGAUAACCGUCCGUGUCGAGCACCACGCCAUUGCAGAGAGACCUUCAACGCCAAUGUCUACAGAUCGAGAUAGUACUAAGGCACGAGCGAAUGGAACGAGUGUUUCAAUGGCGCCGAAUGUCAUGCACCUCUUUGUUAAUGAGGUCAUUCCAAAGCUGCCACUUGUCUUCGUGGAAGCGGACAAGAUCCUGGCGGUAAGCAACGGUAUUAUGUCACAAGCGAUCACCUAUGGGCUUCACUCUCGCACUGGCGGCAACGAGGUGUUAGAGUUGCUUGUUGCUCUUACCAAGAUUCCUGCCACACAAAAGUCCUGGAAGAAGGAGGUCUUCGACGUUUUUACCGAAAACAGCUUCUUCCGAACUCGGAUAGGACUUGUCAAGAACUGGAAACUCAUCAUGCAAGCUGUCAUCGAAAAUGAUAAAGUUCGUACAGAAGAAAUCAUUGGAAGGAUUACAGCAGCGUCUGCACCAACGGCUCUCUUUGUAUCACGUGAACAGGAGAACAUCAACAAGCAGAUGAAUCUCCGCCGUGCCGCGUUCAUGCUUUUGUGCAGCAGCAACGAUGCGUACCUAACGUCCUUGCCAUCACUUGAAAACAAGGUAAAGGAGGUUGCGAGAGUAACGAGGACGGAGUAUGUUUUGCGAGGAGAACUCUAUAUGUUCUUUCGAGCAAUGCUUCUUCGUUUCUCUUCCGUGCACCUUGGACGACUCCUCCAGCACUUCUUGUUUGACAUGCAAUUUCUAUUCAACUCUUUCCUAGAAGAGGCUUCAGCCACAGCUACCAAGGAACAAACACGGGCUUUUGCUGAGGCGUGUAAGCUCCUUGAUACCUUGAUUGUUGUAUCGCCAACGGGUUUCCAACUGCACGAAUGGGUAUUCCUUAGGGAUACAAUCGAGGCGGUUUUUCCACCUAUUGAUCGUCAAUCGAUUGCGUUGACCGACAUGCUGGCCAGAACAUCAAUUACCUCAUCACCUCCUUCCUCAUCCUGCGGCCCUCCCAGCUUGUCAGACAACGUACUGGCAGACCUUUCAAGACGGCAAGCGAAAAGAGCACCAUUAAUCGCUGCAAAAACCAUCAACGACAUUGGUGACCUGCGACCGUUCUUGAGCUAUGUUAGUCUGCAUGCUUACGAAAGCAGUCUGGCGAUGGAGAAGCCUGACCUGGAGACGUGCGAGAUGUAUCUACUACGGGACAUGUUUGAAUAGAGGCUUAUUUGAGUGAAC